AUGCUGCCUUACCUGUUCCCUGAGCUGUCCACCUUUGCUACAGUCGCCGAUCUUAUCACCCACCUUCGCACUAGUGACGCUCGCCUGCGUGCCGCCCUUCCCACCGAGUUCUGCGCUAAGAACCCCCCUCCACUGUACUGGACACUCCACUUCAUAGUCACCCGUCUCCCUGACACCCUCAGCUCAGUGCGCGACUAUUUCCUUGCUCGCUGUCCCACUGAGCUCACUGUCGCCCUCCUAGAGGAGAAGCUGCUAGCAGCCGAGAAGAGCAUUGUAGCUGUAGGUGCUGCUCGCGGCGCUCCUCGCACCCCCAUCUUUGAGGGGUGCUCUCCCUCUCCCCUCGCUCCCUCCUAUGCUACUGCUGCUGCUGUUGACUUCCUUGGUGCUGAGUCUGCUGGCGCUGCUUCUGCUCCUGGUGGGAGGCGCCGCACCGGCAAGGGCAAGGGGGGCAAGGGUGGCGGGGGUGGCGCUGGGGGGGGAGGGGGUGGGGGAGGUGGGGGGGGAGGCGGUGCUGGAGGGAGCGGUGGCGGGAGUGCUGGUGGGAGUGGGGCCGGCGGCGGAGGCGGGGGCGGCGGCGGGAGCAGUGGCGGUGGUGGCAGCGGCGGCAGUGGCGGCGGUGGCGGUAGCGGCGGUGGCGGUGGCGGCGGUGGCGGUCGGAGCGGAGGUAGUGGCGGCGGUGGAGGUCGGAGUGGAGGCACCGGCUCGGGCCAGAGCUCCCAGCAGCAGCAGCGUCCCCAGACGACCCAGCAGCUUCGUGAGUGGCUUGCUCAGCGUGGGACGUCGGGGGGCAGUGGCCGCUGUUCCUAUGUCAUUCGCACAGGUGAUCGCAAGGGGCAGACGUGUGGAAAGUUCCACACUCAGUACCGCUGCUUCUUCCGCCUUGACGACGCUUGGCGUGAGGAGAUGGGCGAGGAUGUUGAGCGCCCCCGCUGGGCUGAGCUCAUGAGGGCUGGUGUUGAUAUCUUUGCUCUUGACUAUGAUGCUAUUAUUGCUGCCAUGUAUGCAUUGACUGUUAGUGCCGAGGGAGACUGUUACUUGUGUGUGCCGCCUGACCCAGGUAUAGAGCCCGCUGCCCUAGGUACUAGUGAGUCUGCUCUCUCUGGUAUGGUGCCCCCUGUAACUGCUCCCUCCAGUACUGUCCCUGCUGCUUGUGAGUCUGCUCUCUCAGGUACAGCACCCACAGAGACUGCUCUCUCAGUCCUUGCACGGUCCACCACUGUGCUCCCGUGUCCGGCGGUUCCGUCUGGCUCGUUGUCGGGUUUCCACCUCCCCUCGUUCUCGACGAACCUGGUGAGCAACGCUGUCAUCCAGGAUCAGUGGGUUGACACCUUUACCCCUGGAGGACAGCGUGUGGCGAUCCUCACGUGCUCCAGGACAGGCCGUCACCUGGCUACGUUUACCCACUCUUCUCUGGCACCACCGCCUGGGUCACCCCUCCUUGCCACGCCUCCGUGGCAUGCACCGUCGCCACCUUGUGUCUGGUCUUCCCAGGUCCCUCCCCCCCCCCCCCCCCCUGCCUCGCCUGCGCCGCCUUGCCUUCCUUGCGUCGAGGGGCGGCAGCGCGCCGCUCCUCACUCCUCCUCGUUCCCCCCGACAGAGGCUCCUCUGCAGACCCUCCACCUGGACGUGUGGGGCCCAGCCCGCGUUCGUGGUCAGGGCGGUGAGCGGUACUUUUUGCUGGUUGUUGACGACUACUCGCGUUACACCACGGUCUUCCCCUUGCGCACCAAGGGUGAGGUCCCUGCUGUUCUGAUCCCUUGGAUCCGCACAGUUCGUCUCCAGCUCCGCCGCCGUUUCCGGACAGAUCUUCCUGUCCUGCGUCUGCACUCUGACAGAGGUGGUGAGUUUUCAUCCGACCUCUUGAGGACCUUCUGUCAGGCGGAGGGCAUCGAGCAGACCUUCACGCUUCCGGACUCCCCACAGCAGAAUGGAGUUGCUGAGCGCCGCAUUGGCCUGGUCAUGGAGGUCGCUCGUACCUCCUUGGUCCAUGCGGCGGCUCCCCAUUUUCUGUGGCCGUUUGCUGUCCGGUACGCCGCGCAUCAGCUCAACCUCUGGCCCCGUGUCUCCUUGCCGGAGACCUUGCCCACACUGCGUUGGACGGGGGAGGUUGGCGAUGCGUCGCGCUUCCGGGUGUGGGGUGCUCGUGCCCUUGUCCGCGAUACGUCCGCGGACAAGCUCUCCUCCCGCACGCUUCCCUGUGUCUUCCUUGGCUUUGUCCCUGACGCGCCUGGCUGGCAGUUUUACCACCCCACCUCGCGCCGGGUCUUCGCCUCUCAGGACGUCACCUUUGACGAGUCGGUCCCUUUUUACCGUCUCUUCCCCUACCGCACUGCCCCCCUCCCUCCCCCGCCGCUUUUCCUCGCUCCUGGUCCCCCUCCGGUAGACCCCCUUCCCCCUCAGGGUCCUGCUCCUUCAGGUGUCUCUCAGGUAGACCCUCCUCCCGUCGCUGAGCCUGUCGAGGUCACAGGUGACUCAGGUGCUGCUGCGGGUGGUGCUGCUGGGAGUGCUGAGCCUGGGGGUGCUGAGCCUGGGGGUGCUGGGCCUGGGGGUGCUGGGGCUGCGGGUGCUGGGACUGAGGGUGCUGGAGCUGAGGGUACGGUGCCUGAGAGUACGGAGCCUGGGGGUGCUGAGCCUGGGGGUGCUGCGACUGGGGGUGCUGAGCCUGCGUGUACGGAGCCUGGGUGUACUGAGCCUGGGGGUGCCGAGUCUGGGGGUGCUGAGCCUGGGGGUGCUGAGCCUGAGGGUACUGAGCCUGGGGGUGCUGCGACUGAGCCUACGGAGCCUGGGGUUGCUGCGUCUGGGGGUGCUCCGGUUCGGGGUGCUGAGCCGUCUCUCACACAGCAGCAGCUUCGUGACUGGUACGUCCGGCGCUUUCGCCGUCCUCGUGGCCCUGCUGGAGUUGGAGGUUCUGGAGCUGCUCGUCCUGGAGCUGCUGGAGCUGGCGGUGCUAGCGGGGUUGGAGCUGCCGGCUCUGGGGGUGCUCUUCCUGGAGCUGACGACACUGGAGCUGACGGUUUUGGACGCGUUGGUCCUGCUGGUUCUGGAGGUGCUGGCGAGGGGAGGUCUGACGCUGCUGGGGCCUCUGGUGCUGACGUCGCCGGCUCUGGGGGUGCUGCGGCGGGGGGCGCUGGUACUGGUGCUUCUGGUGCUGCGGGUGCUGGAGGUACUGGCGGAGCUCCGCCGUCGCGACUGUUCUUCGCUCCACCGUCGCCGUCGGCUUUGCCACCGCCUGACACGGUACUUCGCCAGGUUCUUUCCCUCCCGUCUUCCACUGGCCUUCCCCUCCAGCCUGGCUCCCCCCUCCCUGCUCCGGUGCCUUACACUGCACAGCCGGACUCGCUUACGGAGCGUCGUGAGCCUGCGUCUCGUCCUGCCUCGCCUGUUCGCGCUGCUCGCGCUGCUCGCACUGCGCGCACUGGUCCCACUGGUCGUCGUGUCGCGCGUCCGCGUCCUCCUCCUGUUCCUGGCACGCACAUUAUGGCCCUUCGUCCUUCCACUGGUCCACAGCGUGUCCCCCUACCGUCUCCUCCUGCGUCUUCUCUUCCUGACGUUCCCGACCCUGAGUCUGACAGUGUUCGUGCUGCCCACCCUACUGUUACGCGUCUUCUCGCCACUGUUGUCACUGACCCGUCGUUUGAGUCUACUGCUGCGUCUGCCCUGGUCGCUGAGCUUGUCGACUUUGCUGCUGCCUGUCGUCUAGACUACGCCGCCAGUCUUGUUACUGAGUCUGAGUCUGUCUGUCCUCCGUCCGUCGGGGGUGAGUGUGCUCUUGGCACGGACGUCCUUGAGGACAGGCAGGAGGACUUUGACUCUCUUGCGGCUGCUGUACCUCAUCUCGUGGCCUCGUUGCUUGCCCCUGAGGGAGACCCGGAUGCACUAGACAUCCCCACUCCGCGCUCUUACGCAGAGGCGAUCUCGGGUCCCUACUCCUCUCAGUGGCAGACAGCCAUGGACGCAGAGAUGGCAUCCUGGAAAUCCACAGGCACCUACGUCGACGAGGUUCCCCCUCCUUGGGCGAACAUCGUCGAUGGCAUGUGGAUUUUCAGGGUGAAGCGGCCGCCAGGUUCUCCACCUGUCUUCAAGGCUCGUUACGUUGCUAGAGGCUUCAGUCAGCGUCAGGGGGUUGACUUCUUUCAGACCUUCUCCCCCACCCCGAAGAUGACCACUCUUCGGGUGUUGCUGCACGUUGCUGCUCAGCGUGACUACGAGCUGCACUCUCUUGACUUCAGCACAGCGUUCUUGCAGGGCAGCCUCCACGAGGAGAUCUGGCUGCGCCGCCCUCCUGGCUUCACUGGGUCGUUCCCUCCUGGUACCCAGUGGAGCCUCCGGCGGCCAGUCUACGGUCUCCGCCAGGCGCCGCGCGAGUGGCACGACACACUGAGGACUACACUUGCGGCCCUUGGGUUUGCUCCUUCCACUGCUGACCCGUCACUGUUUCUGCGCACAGACACGUCGCUGCCGCCGUUCUACAUCCUCGUGUACGUCGACGACUUGGUCUUUGCUACUGCUGACACUGAGGCACUCGCUCGUGUGAAGUCGGAGCUGCAGAAGAGACACACCUGCACUGACCUGGGUGAGCUGCGUAGCUACCUUGGCUUGUGA